CGCGGGGGCUGGAGCUCAUCUGUGACUCAGGCGGCGGCGGUUAUAACCCCGAGCCUCAGCCCAACUCGAGACACAAGAGUUGAGAGAACCCAGACACAACGUUGGUUGGGGCAAAUAACCGAGAACAAAGAAGUCCGAGUUGACUGCAGAACCUCCAGCUCUCCAUUUUUAUAUCGGAAAAAAGGGACUGCGCUGAGGCGCAGGGGAAUUCAGCGCCGCACCCAGCCGCCUCCGCGCCCGCCACUACCCCGCUGUUCACCCGCGUGCAGGCGCCAAUAUGUGUCUCGUGCAGCAAGUGACGCUCCUUUGCGCGGCGACGCUGUGCGUCCUGUCCUCCGUCAUGGACCGCAGGAACGAGUACACCGAAGCCACGGCAUAUUUGAAGAAGUAUGGCUACCUGCACACUCCGCUGGAUCCACAAGAACAGGGGUACAAGGCAGAAGAUAUCGCAGAGGCCCUCCGAAUUUUCCAGAGGGUGACUAAUCUUUCCAUCACGGGAAAGAUUGAUGAGGCCACGCUGGGAGUGAUGAGACAGCCCCGCUGUGGUGUGGAAGACCCUUUCAGCCACAAAUCAUUCAAAUACAGACUCUUUGGCCGCUGGCGCAAGAAGAACCUCACUUACCGAAUUUACAACUACACCCCUGAUCUGGGAUUAGCCAAAACACGCACGGCCAUUCGCUCUGCGUUCAAGUACUGGAGUGAAGUGACCCCCUUAGUUUUCCAUGAAGUGCUGGGGGGCCGGGCAGACAUCAAGAUUUCAUUCCACAAGAAAGAUAGCACUUGUACCGUACCCUUCGAUGGGCCAGGUCAAGUGCUGGCCCAUGCUGAGGUUCCGGAGUCAGGUGUUGUGCACUUUGAUGAGGAUGAGUACUGGACAGAGGGCAGCUACUAUGGAGCCAACCUGAGGAUCAUAGCAGCCCACGAGAUCGGCCAUGCUCUGGGCCUGGGCCACUCACAGUACCGGAGUGCUCUGAUGGCACCGGUGUACAGCGGGUACCGUGCCAACUUCCACUUGCACCCAGAUGAUGUGAGGGGCAUCCAGGCUCUGUAUGGGAAAAGCCUGACCAGUACACCCACUGUCUCAGAUGACAAUGAUUUUGAAAGUUCAACAACAACUGCCCCUGAUGGACAGGGUGAAAAGCCAGAUCCUUGCACUGCCAGGCUGGAUGCCAUUAUCCUAGGACCCUUCCAGAAGACAUAUGUCUUCAGUGGACAGUAUGUGUGGACAGUGUCUGACUAUGGAUACAAGCCACCCAUCAAGAUCAACCUGUUGUGGAAGGGUCUCCCAGGAAACAUCAAUGCAGCUGUCCAUUCAAGCAGAACUGACAAGACAUACUUCUUGAAAGGUGACAAAGUAUGGCGUUACACCAGUUUCCGCCUUGAUUACGGCUACCCCAAACAGCUGACACGCAUUCCUCCCGACAUCGAUGCUGCUCUGUACUUGGAAGCCAACAAGAAAAUCUUAUUCUUUAAGGGCUCAGAGUACUGGCAGUGGGAUGAAGUGGCAUACACAGACCUCAGUUUGUACCCCAAACCCAUCUCCCAGAUCAUCUCUGGGGUGCCCUCCAGUCCUGACGCAGCAUUCACCUGGAUCAAUGGCAAGAUCUACUUCUUCAAGGGCGACCAGUACUGGCGUGUCAACCGCCAGCUGAAUGUGGAGCGAGGCUAUCCACUCAGCACGAGUGAACGCUGGAUGCAGUGCGAGAAAUAGGCCACCAGGUGGCAGGUGAUUCCAGCUACACUCAUCGAGGUGCAGCCUCAUGACAAGACAAGACUUGUCUGGGCCAGGAAACAUGUGCAGAGAAAGCUGCGCUGUCAGUCACGUGUCUCAGGAAAUUAUUCACAAAAUGUGUCUUCGGUAUUUUUUCCUUUGAUAAUGAUUUGUAGUGCGUAAUACUAAGCAAAGGGACAUAAAGGUAACGUAGUUAUUACAACUUCACACAGCAAUCAAAAGCUUGAAGAAGAACUGGACUGUCACACACAGGAUGCUGUGACGGCAAAGAGUAUGUCACACGGAAUAGAAAUGAAAAACACUUUCUGAAGGUGUAACACUGUAGGUUCUUCAAGGUGAAGCUCAUUCAACUCACUGAAAUGUUCAUCGAUACUAUGUAGCGGCCAUGCCCCAUCAGUUAGACUGCCUCGGGGGGGAAGGGUAUCUGUGGACUGGGCUGAUCUUCAACCUGUGCUUUGGAUAAAGUUCUGUCCCUUCUGUAGCAGGGGAGCUCUUUUUCAUUUGCAGUCUAUGACGUGAGCUGGGAAACACGGCCCACCCACUGCGGCUGGUAUUGCAGGGACUUACAGCACCGUGUGGAGGCAAGCUGAACACGCAAAAAUUGUAGUUGAUUUGUACCACGAUUUACACGAGCGCGGAUGUCGUCUCGUCAUUUAGUACUGACGCGUACAAGCAAACAGAGGGCAAAAGGUUGCGUAUACCCAAGAGGAAUGCCUUCACCUUGCUUAUAUCUGCUGUACUCAUUUCUUUCACCAGAAUUCUCAUUGUGAAUUAUUUUAUUCUUGUAUAUAAACAAUAACGAGUGCUACUUACAGAGUGAUAUUGCUUAUGGGACUAUUAUCAUUAUCACAUUCAGAGAGCAGUUACUGGAUAAUUGCUUAAAGGAGUGCCAAAAUCUCGAAAUAAAACACUCCUGGGCUUGUCUUUUCUGUACAAGUGCAUAUUUUGCUGAUUACUUUCCAACGUAAAUGAAGCUGCUAAUAUCAGAGGAAAAGACAACAAAUGUCAUGUUGUGGGGUCAGGGUAAGUUGCUCCACGGGAGAAAUCUGAGGGAAAGUAAACUUUCUGUGCUGCCACAGCAACAUCAUCACAUACACCAACAAAAAAGCAGGAAUGGCCCUCUGAAGGGCUGUUGUCUUUCAGACCCUUUCCAAUUGACAUUCUAAUACUGCCAUUGGCAGCACUUGUUGCUAGGUAACUAGUUGGAGAGAGGGGGUUAUGUGAUGUUUUUCUUCAGACGACACACAGCCAGAGAGCAUCUUCUUCCUGUUUUAAUAGUCUUUACAUUUCCCUCUUUCCAUUUCUUUACACCAUUCACAGCUGUACCAGUACAAUCCCAACAGAUUAAAAAUGGGAUGGGAUUUACUUCAUAUAACAUAUAAAUUAGAAAAAGUGGAGCUUUACUGAGCAUCAUCGUAACGUUUCAUACAGAAUAGGGGGGUAAGAAAUACAUAUUAUUCAAAGAAAUUCUUUGACGGAGUUGAUUAACUGCCAGUUCUCACUUUUAGAUGAGCACUAAGAGGUAAUUCUAACAAGAUCAGUUCAGUUAGUUUCAACGACUCAUGGCUAUCUGAUGGAGGGAUGUGCUGUGGCUGAGUUCUACAAUUCAGCAGCUGCUGGGCAUUACCAAGAUAGAGCCCAACAUGUUGGAUUUGCUAAGGUCACGCAAGGUCACACUAUCAGUAAAAUCCCUGGAGAUUAGACAAGAGAAGUGCCAUGCUUAUCUCCAACGUGCAGUAGACCAUCAUCAAAGAGAACAAAUGGAAUAACAACAGAUAAAACAGUGCCAAACUGCAGAGCGAGUCAAUUUCGCGGUGGGAUCCAUUUCAAUACUCAUAUCUGAGCAUUGUGAAGCAGCAUUGUAUAGCAAUGACUUUGAGCACAUCCAAUCACGCUCUUCAGCACAUACGCUGGGGAGUCCUACUUGUAAAAAAUGUUUUAUCCGUAAAAGCACACAUGCUUAAUAUUAUAACAAAACUGACAAAA